CUCAAGGCCCCUCUUCUUCGUAUCUUGCCUCUUUAUCGGUCCUCUAUAAUUCUCCUUUUGUUUUCAAUUUAAUCCCUUCAAAUUACUGGAUUCUUGUCUCCCACCUCUCUAGAACCAUGAUAAUCUCUUCUCUCAAUCCAUCGCGCACCCUUUGAGAUAUCACUCUGGCACUCUUCUAUCCCGCGUCAGUCCUUGUCCCCAAACACCAGCAAGUCAUCUACGUUGAUAACAUUCCUGCUCUUCUGGAUUGUUCUGAGUAACACCGCAACUUAACUUCAUUGACCCCAGUACGCGCCCGUCUAUGCUCAUCAAAAACACAGACAGGUUUGCUUCUCUGGGACAAAGACAACAUGGAUAUUUCAGCAGAGGAGCGGCUUAAAAUGCUGCAAAUGGCGGACUUAGGAACGGCUAGACGGGAAUACAUCUCGACUGUAGAUAGUAAGAACAAGCAGCUUACUGGCGUACGACUAGAAGAUAUCGAAGCAUCCCGGCUGUCGAACAUAGCUGGAACUGAAGCUCAGCGGAUGGCUGAGCAGAAUAAGUCAAAGCUUUCUAAAUGGGCCAGUGGGUAUCUGAGAUCCUUGGAAUUAAUCGGUGCAGCACGCAGUUGACUAAAUUUCAUAACAGACAUGUAUAAAGAGCUUGGAGACACUGAAGACUUGGAACAACUGGAUAAUCUGCUUGAUGGCCAGACCCACCGCAUUCGGUCCUUAUUACAAGGUAAUAAUAGCAGAAACAACGAUAUAGGCAUCAAGUCUACAGAAACCCUAUCUAUGAGGCGCCCGGAAAGAAGUUCUGGGCGCGGCGGUGGUGUCAUUGGAACGAGAGGUCGUGGAUCAAUGUCAUCUAUCGGCAAUAGGACAACCCAGGGUGCUGUAUCAAAGUUAGGAAAUCAGAUUAUUGAGACUUCGCGCAAAGGAAACCGUGGUCUUGAUCCUGCUCUUGAUCCAGAUGGGGACCAGAAAGGCGGCGGAUUCAAGUCGAAAUAUAAACCAGGUGGCAAGAAGCAACCACCGGCGUUUCUUAGGACCAGACGGGUUGCACCCAUGCCUGCCGGUGAUUAUUCGCGACUUCUCAGUUCUCCUGAUGAUUUUCUGGCCGUUGCCCGUAGUAUGGUCCGGAAACCUCCACCUGAUAACACUAAAGCCUCUGACAUUGCAUCUCCUAAAGAGCAAAAGCCAGUCCAGGAUACUAAGGCACAAGGUGCUGUCGUUACAGCCAAGAACCUUGCUCCUAGCUCCACUCGACGACAUGGCAAUACAGCUCCUUCGGCAGUCGAUGUAAAAACAGUCCCAGCAAAGGAAGUUGCCGUCCCUACUACUGCUCCAGUGGCUGGUAGACCUCCCGCUUUGCGCGUGUUGACCUCAACGCCAGAAAGGCCUAAAACCGAGGGUCGUUCCAAAGGCACUAGCUUACCAUCUUCGGGACAAGUUACCUCUUCAUCAAAAACUGGAAACGGUCAAGCUGAAGGGAAGAGUUCAUUGCUCAAAGGAUUAACUGCUAAUCUUCCCCAGCCCAUUCUAUCGCGCCAGGAAGGCAUCUCUAGAGGGCACGAGAAGGAUAAGACCAAAAGAGAAAAGGUUGAGCUUCUUGUUGAUUUCGACUCUUCGCCGGAUAAUGCAAUAACGAAGAACUCAAUGGCGAACAUGGACCAAAGCUUUUUAAGGAGCCCUGUAUUUGAUGACUUGGAAGGAAUCGAUUUUUCCAUUCAGAAUACCACUGAUACCACGCUUUCACUAAAACCUCCGUCAUCCAGGUUUCCAUUCAGCUGCGGAAAGAAGCUCGACUUCAAGCAAGAUGCUGAUGAAAAGAAAGAUUCCGAUGUUGCAGCAGUCUCCAACGCUGAUGACGAUGAGCAUCUGUCGAAAUAUCGACGUGGUUUAUCGAUGAUUGACAACCUCAUGGAGAUAAAGGCUCUUCCAGACGAAUAUCUAUACAAACUGGAAGAAUGCAGAAAAGCAUUGGAAUCGCGACUUACCCUGGCUGAUCAGCCAUUUACUGCACAACCAGUACCAUCCAAACCUGAACAGCCGGCGCGAGCUGGUAACCCUCGGGAAGCUCUUCGGGCUGGUCCUUCGAUCAACAAGCCUGGCACAGACGAUGAGAGAGCCAAAGAUUUGGAAAAAGAUAAAUCACCUAUUCAAGAGCCAACCGACCAGUCGGGUUCGAUCAUGCAGAGCCCCCCUCUCUCAGAGAACCGACUUAGAUAUGCUGUUACUGCGCCCGAGUUCAUCCCAAGAAAGCCGAGCUUUACAAAAUAUCGGUCCCCAACGCACAGCAUUUCAAGCGAUUCAUCUGCUUCGAGUGAUCUGCCCUCUCUUAGAAAGGUCUUACAACCUAAUUCCCCUUCUCCCGGCGACAAAGCCAAGGUACUCAGUCCAUUACUUGAUCCGUCUACAUCGCCCUCUCUUAGCAAGGUCAAGGUAAUUGCCCCGCUACCUGGUCAACCUACUUCUUCCUCUCCCGGUGACAAAGUCAAGGUAAUUGGUCCAGCGCCUAGUCCGCCACAUCAUAUUUUUGGAGAUCACUUAUUUCCCAGAAGGCGUACGGCUCAGGAUUCGCAGACCGAAGCUAGUCCAUCCCGUCCAGCGAGCUCUUCUGAUAAACCCAAGUUCCAAAUAUCAAUCCCUCCCCAACGAUCUGUGCUAUCAGAGGCGCAGCCCUCCUUCUUCGAGGGAUUGGGUAUCUCCAUGUCAACUAAUAUCAUAGAGUCGCAAAAGGGAAAAGCUAGACUCUUCUCGCCAGAUCCUGAGACAAAGCCUCUCACUCCAACCGGCGUACCUCUUCCAGAAUCAAGCAAGGAAGAGUCCAAUAUUACACCGACGAAGACCCAAUCCAGAGCUCCAUCCUUGACGUUGCAUUCAAGUGGUCCGAAGGUUAUUGGACCCGGUACUUCCCACGCCUCGCAAGAGUCAGUCCACGCUCCACACAAUUCUCAGCAGUCAAUUCCUGCCCCCAAAUUGUGUCAACCAUCUGUGCUCACACCUAACCCGACUGAGCGUCGUUCUACUAUGAACAGAUCUGUUUCUGGUGGCCUUCAAGGCCCAACCUGGGCAUCUGAUGAAAACAAUAAGCCCUCACGUUAAAUCAGAAUUUCCUAUUCCCUUCAUUCCUGAAUAUGAUGUCAUGAAUCAUGCAUAAUAAUUCCUGCGUAUGUGCAAAUUUUCAUGGUAGCCUCGUUUCCCUCCAUUACUCUGAUUCUGUUGCUUUCUCUAUUUUUCUUUUAAUCUGUUUCCUUUUAUGACCUUCAAACUCUCUGAUUUCUCAUUUCUUUGACAAUGUGAUAAUGUGAUAAUGUCAUGAGUGAUGCCCUAGGAAUAAAUGAUGAUUAUUGAAUUGUCUGUCUGUUAUUUCUAUCUUGUGUUUUGUAUUGUAUCAACAUUCUUCUUUUCUUCUUUUACUUCAAUGCUGAAUUGUUCUUAUUUAGAUACUAACUACAAUGUACUCUAUGGAGAGUAGUAAAUUAUCCAGCUACACAGUUAGCUCAUUAUCA